AAAUUCUGCUUUGCAAGGUCUAGGUAGGUAUGUAAAGAAUCUGUAUUUUCUUUAGAUGCCACAUCAUUCUUGAUGCUCUCUGGUGCCCAUUGUUGCCAUCUCCAUGGGAACCUCUUCAGCAGAGAAUUCCACCGGUUUUACAAGCUGAUCUGGGGGAGCUUUGGCGAUGGGCUUUCGGAAGGCUCCGGGGUCAUUGCAGGCGGUGGGGACGAUGGCAUGCUUACUCUAUACAAUGUGACUCACAUCCUGUCUUCUGGGAAAGAGCCUGUGAUUGCCCAGAGACAGAAGCACACGGCGGCUGUCAGAGCCCUUGACUUUAAUCCUUUCCAGGGCAACCUCCUGGCUUCAGGAGCCAGUGAUUCUGAAAUCUUUAUUUGGGAUUUGAAUAACCUAAAUGUGCCAAUGACCCCAGGAUCCAAGUCACAGCCUCCAGAAGACAUCAAGGCACUCGCUUGGAACCGGCAAGUUCAACACAUUCUGUCUUCUGCUCACCCCAGCGGCAAGGCAGUUGUGUGGGAUCUCAGGAAGAAUGAACCUAUCAUCAAAGUCAGCGAUCGUAGCAACAGGAUGCACAGCUCCGGCCUGGCCUGGCAUCCAGACAUAGCCACCCAGUUGGUGCUAUGUUCAGAAGAUGAUCGUUUUCCAGUGAUUCAGCUGUGGGAUUUGCGCUUUGCCUCCUCGCCCCUGAAGGUGCUAGAGAGCCACAGCAGGGGGAUCUUGGCAGUGUCAUGGAGCCAAGCUGAUGCCGAGCUUCUGCUCAGUAGUGCCAAGGACAACCAGAUCUUGUGCUGGAACCUGGGGAGCAGUGAGGUAGUAUAUAAGCUACCCAUACAGAGCAGCUGGUGCUUUGAUGUGCAGUGGUGCCCCCGGGACCCUCCAGUGUUCUCUGCUGCUUCCUUCGACGGCUGGAUCAGUUUGUACUCCGUGAUGGGUAGGAGCUGGGAAGUCCAGCAGAUGAGACAGGCUGGCAAGAUCUCUUCUUCCUUCAGCAAAGGCCAGCCUCUCCCACCAUUGCACGUACCAGAGCAAGUAGCCCAAGCAUCAUUGAUACCUCCUCUAAAAAAACCCCCCAAAUGGAUGAGAAGGCCGGCAGGUGUUUCAUUUGCUUUUGGGGGGAAGCUGGUUACCUUUGGCCUCCCCAGCACCCCUGCCCAUCAGGUGCCACAGCCUUGCCUCCACCUAGUCUUCAUUAGUCAAGUCAUCACAGAAUCUGAAUUCUUGAGGCGGUCAACUGAGCUGCGGGAGGCCCUGGGAUCAGGAAAUCUCCUGAAUUAUUGUCAGAACAAGAUUGAACAAACACCACUGCAAAGUGAAAAGAUGCUCUGGCAAUUCCUGAAGGUAGGAAGCCUGAAGGCUGGCUCCUCUGAAGUGUUUCCUCAAAGCCGGCAAUUUGGGGGGAAGCUGGUUACCUUUGGCCUCCCCAGCACCCCUGCCCAUCAGGUGCCACAGCCUUGCCUCCACCUAGUCUUCAUUAGUCAAGUCAUCACAGAAUCUGAAUUCUUGAAGCGGUCAACUGAGCUGCGGGAGGCCCUGGGAUCAGGAAAUCUCCUGAAUUAUUGUCAGAACAAGAUUGAACAAACACCACUGCAAAGUGAAAAGAUGCUCUGGCAAUUCCUGAAGCUUGAAGAUAUGACCUUUACCUUUCUUGUUUUUCCUCACCAGUUUGGGGGGAAGCUGGUUACCUUUGGCCUCCCCAGCACCCCUGCCCAUCAGGUGCCACAGCCUUGCCUCCACCUAGUCUUCAUUAGUCAAGUCAUCACAGAAUCUGAAUUCUUGAGGCGGUCAACUGAGCUGCGGGAGGCCCUGGGAUCAGGAAAUCUCCUGAAUUAUUGUCAGAACAAGAUUGAACAAACACCACUGCAAAGUGAAAAGAUGCUCUGGCAAUUCCUGAAGGUGACCUUAGAGGAAGACUCCAGAAUGAAAUUUCUAAAACUAUUAGGAUACAGUAAAGAUGAGCUUCAGAAGAAGAUGGCCACGUGUUUGAAGAGUGACUUGAGACUGGGUGAGAGCCCUCAGUCCAAGGGAGAUGAUCUCCAUAGUAACAGACAGCAGGCCUUCUGCAGCCAGACCUCCAAACACAUCACAGAGGAAGCCUCUGCCUCCUCAUCCUUCUUUGAUGAGCUGGUCCCUCAGAAUAUGGCUCCAUGGGAGAUCCCCAUCACAGAAGACACUGAUGGACUCCUGAGCCAGGCUCUCCUGCUUGGAGAACUGCGCCCUGCUGUGGAGCUGUGUCUGAAGGAAGAGCGCUUUGCUGAUGCCAUCAUCCUGGCCCAGGCUGGCGGCGCAGAUCUGCUAAAGCAAACACAAGAGUGCUACUGGGCCAAGAAGAAAACCAGAAUCUCUUCGCUGCUAGCCUGUGUUGUACAGAAGAAUUGGGAGGAUAUGGUGUGUGCCUGUAGCCUGCAGAACUGGAAGGAGGCACUGGCCUUGCUACUGACAUACUCCGGGCCAGAGAAAUUCCCUGAGCUUUGUGACAUGCUGGGUACUCGCAUGGAGCAGGAGGGUGGCAGAGCAUUAACCUCUGAAGCCAGACUCUGUUAUGUGUGCUCAGGGAGUGUGGAGCAGCUGGUGGAGUGUUGGGCAAAAUGCCACCGGGCUUCAUCCCCUCUGGCUCUACAGGACCUGAUGGAGAAGGUGAUGGUCCUUAAUAAGAGCUUGGAGCUACUGCAGGGUUCUGACGGGGUGAGCUCAGGCCCUGCCACAACCUACAGGGUUACCCAGUAUGCCAACCUCCUGGCAGCCCAGGGCAGCCUGGCCACUGCCAUGAGCUACCUACCCAGUGUCUGUACUCAGCCACCAGUUCAGCAGCUGAGAGAUCGACUUUUUCAUGCCCAGGGUUCUGGUGUCAUGGGCCAACAGUGUCCUCCUUUCCCCUUCCCCCGGGUCAUUGUGGGACCUACCCUCCACUCUAAAGAAACAUCAUCUUAUAGAUUGGGAUUCCAGUCUUCUCACCAGGUUCCAACUCCUUCUCCAAGGCCAAGGAUUUUCACACCUCAGUCAUCACUAGUGACACCCUUGAUACCUUCCCAUCCUGGCCCUUAUCAAAUCUCCCAAACACAGACUAUAAGGGACUACAGGGCACCUGAUCUCCAGGCAGCCCAGCCUUUGCCCUUGGCGUCUGGUGUAAGGCCUGCUUUAUUUGAGUCACCACUAUUAAGAGGGCAAAAAGCCCAAGUUCCUAACCCCAUGGGGUUCCCUGGAACAUGGCCUCUUUCUGGUGCACCUCCACCCAUGGUACCCCCAGACGUCAUACAGCCUGCCUCUACCUCCCUGGCUGAGACUACUCGACUGUUCCCUUCGCUUCCUGUGAGACUACCAGGUGUCAGCCCUACAAGCCUUCAGUCCCUAGCCCCUCCUGUCAAUUUCUCUGUGACACACCCUCCAGGAGGGCCAGGUGCCGCAUGCUCUAGUGCCUUCCCGACUACUGGCCUCUUGACUGCUCACCCAGGACCUCAAGAUUCCUUGAAAAACGCCCUAGUGCUCAGGGCAAACCUCCAGAGGAAAAAGUUACCAGAGAUAUUUAUGCCCCUAGCACCGAUUACUGCUCCAGUUGUGAGCCUCACCCCUGAGCCACGAGGGGUCCUUUCCUCACAGCCUUCUGUCCUUGGUGUGGGCCAUGCUCCCCCAGGAGCUCCAGGAGAAUUCAGCCUGCAGGUGAGAGGAACAGUGUGUUCCCCUCCUCUUGGAAACUUUCCAACUCUCCUUGGGUAUAGAAAAGCAGGGAGCAUGGUAGAUGGGCCUCAUUCCUCAAGGGGGAGGCCAAUACUGCACUGGGGAACUGGUGUAGACAGGUAGCAAAUGUUCUUACUACAGAGAAGAGGGGGUGCCCCUUUCCCCAACUCUGCUCUAGUGGGAGCAGUGUGACACUGAAUCACUGAGGACUAGUCCAUAGGGAAUCUAUGAGAAGGACAGCUUG